CUUGCUCUACCAUUGGCCUUGAGGCAAAAUGAUUCUGAUGAGCUGGAUUACAAUCUACUUCUAGGAGAGGAGAGCUCCUCCGACUUUCCCUUAUCGGUUCAUGGACAAUCUGAAGGUGCAAUUUCAUGUAAGGCUUUACCACUUAAUCGCUCUUCUCAUACUGAUAAUCUUUUGGUUCUGGAUGCGCCCUUUGAUCCAGAAACUAAAUCCAAACUGGCCAUGAAGUCAUUAGGCACUACCAGAGCUCUUUUGUCCAAGCCUGCACAAGAUCAGGAGGAAGUAUUUGCUGUGUUGGAGGAUAAAGAUGUUAACAUAAGUAACAGGGAAACUGGUUUGGUGAAGAGCAAUAAAGAAGGAGUUUUGAGUGGGAAUCAUGCGCAUAAAGUUACCAUGUGCUCAAGCUCUCAGGGCGCCGAUGAUUACGAAGAAGCUGCUCUCGAUUUGACGGAAGCAUAUCAAGUCACUGCUAUCGAUCUUUCUGGGCUUCAGCCGGACAUGUUCCCCGUUCCCUUCUGUUCUCCGCUUCGAUCUUCCACAAAUUCUGUUUUAACCUCUUCAUCAACCUCUGCACCUGUGGAUUUCUCCGGCCCAACUAUGAAUUUCGAAAAUUCUAUGGAAUCUCCUGUUCCUCCCAUAACCUUCUUGCCGAUCGAUCUCAGUAGCCAUCCAGGUCUGUCAGAACCUGAAGUUAGCCUUCCUGCCCUCCGCAGCAUUGCAGGCGAGGCUUGGUCGGAUGGGCAGAUAUGGUCAUUAUUGCAGGCACCACCGCCUCACUCAAGGGCCAGCAGUGCUGUCUUGAUGGCAUUCGAGACCAGCUCAUCUGCCUCUGAGUCGUCUUCAGCAGGGUCCGCCUUGCAACUGCGAUUAGGGGACCAACAUCAAUUUUCUGGCGCCGUCCCGACUGACCAAGUCAUCUGGGAUUUGAGUUGCGAGGUUGACGAAGCCGCAGCUCAACUUCUCGCUUUAGAAGCUUUGGCUUUACCAACACAAUCAAAUCCUCUCCCUAACCCUCUGCCAUCACAACAACAACAGCCACAUCUCUUAUCGUCCGUAUCACCACCUGACGCUCACUCAGACUCGUGCAUGCCAGCUCACAUUGCUGAUGCCGGUUUUUCCUUUACUGGUCUCUUGAUGGCUGGAGAUAACUCUUUGCCUAUGGCAUCUUGCCUGGCACAGCCAAGCCAGUUACCCCGGCAACCGCAGUCUAACUCCGAAUCAUGUGUCCCCUUCGAUGCAGCCUCGUUUGACAUCGGUUCUGAUGCCCCUGUUCGGUAUAUAAACAAUCACGGCCAUUAUCAGCAUCAAUAUUGCUGCUUUUCGCCCGUUUUAGAUCUUAGGCGCACGGGCACUUCAUCUACCACUUUUGACUCGACAGAACCAGUAGGAAUACAACCUCUAGUGGUAACUCCAAUAUCAAUCUCUUGA